UUUAGGGUUUGAUGCGUUGGCGAUGUUCAGUGAUCGGCGAAAGCGGGAUAUGGCUAAUCAUGGAGAUGGAAACAAGUACGCGUCUGUGAAUCUGAAUAAGUCUUAUGGAUAUCAAUCUCAUCAUCAGUAUAAUCAAUCUGGAGGUUAUGGGCGGGGGAGAGGAGGUGGUGGAUAUGGCGGUGGUGGUGGUGGUGGAGGAGGAAGUAUGGUUGUCCUUUCACGGCCAAGAAGCUCGCAAAAUGCUGGGCAGAAGCUAUCUGUUCCACCCCCCUUGAACCUUCCUUCACUCCGUAAGGAGCAUGAGCGUGUUGAUUCGUCUGGUUCGAGCUUUCAUUCCGGUGGAGGAAUCGCUGGGAGUGGAACGAGACCUGCUUCAUCUGGUAUGGGGUGGAGUAAGCCUGCUGCUACAGCUACUGAUGGUGAUAUUGCUAACCAUACUGCUGAAGGUGUUACCAGGGGGAGUAAUGGGUUGAAUACGUCUCUUGCUUCUCGGGUUGGUGCAACCGAGCCUAUGGAACGGGCUUUUCAUCAUGUAGAGAAAGUUGCAACUUUGAGGGGUGAAGAUUUUCCGUCUCUUAAGGCUUCUUUGCCAUCAGCUUCUGUGUCUGGGCAGAAACAGAAGGAGGGUUUGAAUCAGAAGCAGAAGCAAACUGCAGGUGAAGAUUUUUCAAAAGAGCCGAGAGGUGUCUCUGGUGUGAGCAGUUCACUUGUAGAUAUGAGACCUCAAAAUCAGUCUGGGCAUAGCCGGCUCGGCAAUGAGCUCAGUGAGAGUCCUAGUUUCUCAGAUGGAUUACAUUCAUCUGAACAGUUGAGGAAAAAGGAGUAUUUUCCAGGGCCACUGCCUCUUGUUCGUUUGGCCCCACGAUCCGAUUGGGCUGAUGAUGAGCGUGACACUAGUCAUGGCUUAAGAGAUCGGGACAGGGAUCAUGGCUAUUCAAAGAAUGAACCAUUUUGGGAUAGGGGUUUUGAUCAUCCGAGGCCUCAUGUCCUGCCCCAGAAGCAUGCUGCUCCUAGUCUUUUUGAUAAACCAGGACAGCGUGAAAAUGAAAUUGCAAAGUCCUCUUUGACUCAAGUAAGACCACUAAGUGGAGGAGGAAGGGAGGCCAACGCUUGGAGAGUCUCCCCACCACUCCAAAAUGAAGGUGCAAAUAAUAAUAAAAAUGUUUAUGGAGCAAGGCCGUCUAGUCGGGGCAGAGAAACUACUAAGAAAAGUAAUUACGUCUUGUCAUCAUCAAGGGAGAAUGUUUGGAAUAAUAGUGGAGCUAGAGAGGCUCCAUAUCAGCAUGGAGGAAGACAGCCAUGGAGUAAUAAUAUGGAUAGUUCCAGCAACAGGGGAACUUAUAAUCGGGAUGGGUAUGGAAUUGAACAUCAGAAUAGGGAUAAACGCCCAUUCUUCAAGAGUGACAAACCUCAUGUGGAAGAUCCUUUUAUGAAAGACUUUGGUGACUCUGGUUUUGAUGUCCAUGAUCCAUUCCCAGUACUUGGUGUUGCUAAGAAGAAGAAAGAGGCUUUAAAGCAAACAGAGUUUCACGAUCCUGUCAGGGAAUCAUUUGAGGCUGAACUUGAGCGAGUUCAAAAGAUGCAGGAAGAGGAACGCCGGCGGAUCAUCGAGGAACAUGAAAGGGUGAUAGAACUAGCUCGAACAGAAGAAGAAGAGCGACUACGGCUGGCUCGCGAACAAGAUGAGCGGCAGAGAAGAUUAGAAGAAGAGGCCAGAGAAGCUGCUUUCAGAAACGAGCAGGAGAGACUAGAGGCUACAAGGAGGGCAGAAGAGUUGAGAAAGUCAAAAGAAGAGGAGAAACAUAGGUUGUUCAUGGAAGAAGAAAGGAGGAAGCAGGCUGCUAAGCAAAAGCUUCUAGAAUUGGAAGAAAAGAUUUCCAGAAGACAGGCUGAAGCUGCCAAAGGUUGCAGCAGCUCUUCAACUAUUUCAGAGGAUAAAUUCUUAGAUAUUGUUAAAGAAAAAGAGUCUGCAGAUGUUGUUGACUGGGAAGACAGCGAAAGAAUGGUGGAUAGAAUUACUACCUCAUCAACUUUAGAUCUAUCAGUACCCAUUAGAUCAUUUGAGAGCAGUGCCACGUCUCAAUUUUCUAGAGAUGGUUCUUUUGGGUUCCCUGAUAGACAAAAGCCUACUUGGAGAAAGGAAGAUAUUGAGAGUGGAAGCAAUUCGAGGUUUAUUCCACAAAAUAUGGAGAAUGUUCCACAUAGCCCGCAGGAAGAAUUCUUUGGGACAGCUGGAUAUCUUAGUGCCCCUUCCUACUUCAAACCAGGGUUCCCAGAGCAUUCAGUUGAUCAGAGUUGGAGAAUUCCUGGAGAUGGAAGGACCCAUGGUAGGAACUAUGGAAUGGAAUCUGAAUCUCGUGAAAAUUUUGGAGAGCAAUAUGGUGAUCCUGGAUGGGGACAAAACCAGGGCCGUCCACGGCAUGGUCCAUAUUCUCCUUAUCCUGAAAAGUUGUAUCAGAAUCCCGAGGGGGAUGACUAUUACCCUUUUGGGAGACCAAGGUAUUCAGUUAGGCAGCCGCGUGUUCUUCCCCCUCCCCAGGAGUCUAGGCAAAAGGCAUCCUUUAGAAGCGGGGUUGAGCAUCCUGGUCCCUCAACUUCUAUUGGAGGGAUUAACUACAGCCAUAAAGGUAGGACUAAUUCGACUGUUCUAGCCAAUUAUAUAGAGGAUCUUCAAGAUCAUCAUGUGCUGCCCGGAAGUGGUAUUGAUGAACAUCAUCGGUUCGAUAGCAAGCUGACUGGAAGAUGUGACUCUCAAUCUUCACUUUCCGUUACUAGCCCACCUGAUUCCCCUGUUCAUCUCUCUCAUGAUGACUUGGAUGAAUCAGCAGAUUUAUCUGUCUUAGCUGCUUCCAGAAUGGGAGAAGAUGCUGGUUUAUUAGAGAAGGGGGGAGCACCAAUUAUCUCUAGUGAUACUGGAAAGGAUAGUUUGAUGAUUGCUACAGGCUCUGUGUCUUGCUGGGAUAAUGAAGAAUGGACUCUUGACAGUAAUGAACGGUUGCAGGAACAAGAAGAAUACGACGAAGAUGAAGAUGGAUACCAGGAGGAGGAUAAAAUACACGGGGUUGAUGAGAACAUAGAUCUCGCCCAAGAGUUAGAAGAAAUGCAUCUCGAGGAUAAAGACUCUAAUCUAGUCUUAGGAUUUAAUGAAGGAGUGGAGGUUGAAAUUCCCAGCGAUGACUUUGAAAAAUGUCAACGGAACUCCGAAGCUACAUUUCCACUUCAUCAGCAUACUAUCGAUUCUUUAGAUGAUGAAAGACCUUCUAUUGAGACAAGCCUUGGUGAACAAGCCGCCCAACCUGCUGAUGUUUCUGAUCCGUUGAGCAUGCAUAAUGCAUCUAGGAGUUUCCAGGCUGCUGAAACCACGAUGCAGAAUAUGACAAUUCACCCAAAUAGUGGUCGUCAGUCAUUUGAGGUGGGCAAUAAAGUAGACUCCACAAGUAACUCUACCGUUUCUACUCAUCCUGUCAUACCACCUCACAGCACGGGUCUGCAUCCAUCUCUUCAGACAGCGAUUCCUCCUGUAUCUACUUCAGCACAUAUGGAGGAGCCUGUUAAGUUUCAGUUUGGUUUGUUUUCUGGUCCUUCGCUGAUACCUUCUCCUUUCCCUGCCAUACAGAUUGGUUCCAUCCAAAUGCCUCUUCCUCUUCAUCCUCAAUUUGGUUCCUCGCUUACCCAUAUCCAACAGCCCCAAUCUCCUCUCAUUCAGUUUGGUCAACUACGAUAUACAUCCCCAAUAUCCCAAGGGGUGCUGCCACCGCCACAUCAUUCAGUUGUCCAAGCGAAUGGUUUACCAACUUAUGCUUUGAAUCAGAAUCCUGGAUCCUCGGUGACUGUUGGUCAAGGAAAUUCGGCUAACCUGCUUGCUAGAAACGCAGCAACCUCUGUCUCACACCCUCAGCUUAGUGUUCUUAGAAGACCAACGAAUGUUUCUGAUGGGGGCACACUGAAGAAUGCUAAUCUACCUCCAGCGAGAGCAAGCAUUGAGGCUGCUGUGUCACCUCAAAAGCAACCAGAGUUGUCUGGUAAUUCGCUAUUACCUUCUCGAAAGAUGAGUCAUGGAAAAUCAAAUUUUGUUGAAAGACAAUCAGGAUACCAAGUCCAAACUGACACAAAUGCAGUUAGAAAUUCUGGCUUGCGCUCAUCAGGUACUGCUGAGGUUUCUCGGGUAGAUUCUGGUGGUAAUAGAAGAUAUCGGCGUCAGAGGGUUGAAUUUAGAGUUCGGGAAUCAAACUGGCCAUCUUCCGAGGAGAAUCGAAAUGGCAAUGGAAGGGCACAAAAUUCUACAAAAAAUGGGAGUAGAAAAUAUGUUGUGUCCAACAAGUCCCAGAAACAACCCUUAGACAACUCAGCGUCUGGUUUGAAUGCUAUGCAGAAAACAGUUAGUGGGGGUUCAUUUGAGAAUAGACUUGGGAAAGAGGCUGUCGUGAAGAAUCCACUCAGUCCAAAUUCUGGACAAGCAAACCUUAAAAGGAAUAUGAUAUCUGAUAAGGAAAUUGAUGCACCUUUGCAGAGUGGAAUUGUUCGUGUCUUUGAGCAACAUGGUAUUGAAGUUCCUAGUGACGAUGAUGAUUUUAUUGAGGUAAGAUCAAAAAGGCAAAUGCUUAAUGAUCGCCGUGAACAGAGAGAAAAGGAAAUUAAAGAGAAGUCUCAGGCAGCCAAGGCAUUACGAAAACCUCGUUCAACUUUCCAGAACAGUACUACUGCAGCCAGGUCCAACAGAAGCCCACCAGCUAGCCGAGUUGCGAACAAUAAGCAGUUUAACCCCGUUUCCAACAGACAGACGUUAGCCCCAAUUGGCACACCUUCCCCUAAAACAGAUUCCCAUGCUGAUGAAAAAUCUGGGAGCAACAAGUCCACUCAGGCAAGUAUUGCUCUUCCAGUUAUACCCAAAAAUGAUCAGAAUCCAGCUUCAGGUUUUGUAUUCAGCAACAAAAAUAAGGUUCUGGAUAACAGUCAUACACCUGUGGGGACUUGGGGUAACCAACUCACCUAUCAGCCGGUUAUGGCCCUAACCCAGAGUCAGCUUGAUGAAGCCAUGAAACCUGUAUCUCUUCUUUCAUGUGUUUCUGUUGAGAAUGGUGCUAACCGAAUUAGCGAGGCAAAUUCGACAUCAACGUCUGUUGUGCCAAAGAACAAUACUUUUUCAAGCAGCACAAGUCCAAUAAAUUCAUUGCUUGCCGAGGGCAAAAUUCAAUUUGGUGCAGUUACAUCUUCCACUGUUAUCCCUCCAUGUGGUGGGCGUACGGAGAACGAUAGCUCUUUAUAUUUUGAAAAAGAUAAUAAACAUCGAAAUCCAUCAUCCACUGGCAUGGAGAUUUGCGAAGCAGAAGCAGAAGCUGCUGCUUCAGCUAUAGCUGUGGCAGCCAUAACUAAUGAUGAAACCGGUGGGAAUGCCUUGAGUACUGGCUCUGUAUUACCUGUUGAAACCAAAAUUUAUGGAGGAACAGAGUUAGAUGAUGGGGCAGCAAGUGGUGCUGUUGGUGGGCAGCCUAGUCUAUCAAAAGCUGAGGAGUCUCUCAUUGUUUCUCUCCCAGCAGAUCUUUCAGUGGACACCCCAAUCUCUGUGUGGCCACAAUUACCAAGUCCACACAACUCAAACCAAAUGAUCACUCACUUCCCUCCUGGCCCUCCUCAUUACCCUUUCUAUGAUGUGAACCCCAUGUUAAGAGGACCCAUCUUUGCUUUUGGCCCGCACCAUGACGCAGGAGCAACCCAAUCACAGUCCCAGAAAGGUCCAGUAACAGUUUCUGGUCCACCUACAACCUGGCAGCAGCAGAAUCAUCCUGGAGUAGAUUCCUUCUAUGCCCCUCCUGCCGGUUUCACGGGUCCUUUCCUAACCCCACCCGGUGCUAUUCCUGGCGUUCAGGGUCCUCCUCACAUGUUCGUUUAUAACCACUUUGCACCUGUUGGACAGUUUGGAGGGUUGAGUUUCAUGGGAACAACUUACAUCCCAUCUGGAAAACAACCAGAUUGGAAGCACAACCCAAACGUGUCUUCUUCUCCGGUUGGAGGAGAUGGUGAUGUAAACAAUCCAAAUGUGGCUUCCAUGCAAUGUAACAUUGUACCUGCGUCUCUUCAGCACCUUCCUAUGCCAAUGUUUGAUCCAUCCCCUUUCCAGUCUUCUUCUCAGGAGAUGCCUGUUCGAGCACGGUGGCCUUACAUGCCGUUUUCGGGUCCUCCAACGAUGCAAAUGCAGAAACAGCAGGAAGCAACAGAUGGCUCCAAUCUUCCAUCACCUCAGUUUAACAACAACAUGCUUCCUCCUCCUCCUCCUAACAGAUAUCCCAACGUUCAAGCAUCUACAGUUGUAGAUGCAAUGGUAGACUCCUCAAACGCUUACAGUUCCACCACUUGUGCUCCACCAGCAAAGCCCACCACCACCUUAUCCGAUCCCAACAGCAACAACAUUCAGAAUCCAAAUGGUCCUGGCUUCAAGCCACCACAACAACAACAACAACAACAACAACAAUCUUCUCAGGAGAAGAACUCGCAGUCUCAGCAUGUUGGUGGGUCCAGCCACCACCACCAACACCAGCACCAGCAAAACCGGAGAUCAGGCUACCAUGGAAGAAACCCACCGAUGGCCAGAGAGAGAGGCUUUCCGAAUAACCCAAAGGUCAAGCAAAUCUAUGUGGCUAAGCAGACUGGUAACAGCAAUGCCUCUGCUUCCUCCACCACCACCACCACUUCCCCCUCAAUUUGAUGAUUCUUCACCAUCCAGGUCCGUUCAGAUAUAAACUUUCCAAUAACCCAACCAGCUUUGGCUUCAUAAGAAGAUCUGGUUUUUUUUUUUUUUCUUUCAAUUUUCCCAUAUAUCAAUUAGCUUCUUUUUUUUAUACCUUUUUAUUCUCAUUAGAUAAUUAGAUUUUGUCUCUUCUUUACUCGUUUGGGGGUUCAUUAUAUGGGGACUUUGGUAUGAUUAGUUUUAUUAUAUGGUUGGUGAAAAUAUUGGCGUGAGGUUUUCGGUGUAGAAUACCCAAUUCACGGCUCCAAUGUAUCUGUUGUCAACAUUAUCUUUAUCUUCUAUAAAUCAGCAACUCUUAUUGAAUUAA